GGAUUUGGAUGAAACAAAGCAUUUUUUGCGCUCUCAAAAUAAAUAACGGAGCACAACUACCUUCUACUGAAACUCCGAUCACCGGAUGAAUUCCCGGUGACCGGAAAUCCGCCUUAGCGACAAACGCGAAACUUAUUUGGACAUAUUCGAACCCCCAUGGGUUCUCCGGAGAAUAGCGAGGAAGAGCUGAGGGAUUGCGACGACGACGACGACGGCGGCACCACUCUCCGUCGCUCGUUUCUCCGUUCCUGCUUCGCCGUCGCUUUCGCUUUCCUAAUCAUUCUUCUGCUUUCAUUUUCGGUUCUGUACUUUGCUGUUUUGAUCGCGAAUUUAUCAAUUUGGAGCCCGAUUUCGGUUCAGUCUCGCUGCAGAAUAGUUUCCAGCAGUGUGGAUCUGAGGUCAUCAAAGGUCUGUGAAUUAGGUCUUUUUAACUAUAAAGCUAAACAUGUUUUUUACCCUUUUGAACGGAAAAAGUACCGGUGCCAUUAUGACUACUACUGGGCUUCUGUUUUUGAGGUUGAAUACAUAGAUCAUUCAGGACAAGCAAGGUUUGCCUCUGCAGAAGCCCCAAAAGAAGCUCUUCCAUACAAGUGUAGACCCAAUUUUGGUGCUGCCUGGUUGACCAAGGAUAAAUUUAAGGUAAAUGAAACAUAUGAGUGCUGGUAUACUCUGGGUGUUUCUAAGGUUAAUAUAAAUAAUGAAGGUUUAUUCAAUUGCCAAGCUGAGGAUCUUUCUACUGUCGAGAUGCUUAAACGAUAUUCUAUACUGUUUACAAGGUUACUGAAGUCAUGGGUUUCUGGUGUGGGAUCAAUACACCUAUGGAGAUGGGAUCUAAUAGCUGGAGCUAUUUCCGGCUUUAUAAUGUCCUUGCUAUCCGUUACCUUGAUUGGAGUUCUCUACCCUUUGCUAGCCAUCAUUCGCCGACUAUUUGCAUCAUGGACGUUCACACGUCACCCAAGUACUAUUUUAUUAAAGCGAGUUUGUUUCUUUGCAGUGUAUUUUUCCUUCAUGAGUUGGGUCACCGUUCAAUACGUGCAAAGGCUCAGCCUGUCAUAGACGUAUAUAUGCUUACAUUAGAAAGGCACUCAAUUUUCCAGUAGUGCUGUUGACAAGUCUGAAACCUGCAUCUCUAAGGCAUGAAAUAUUUUAACAGUUUUGUAACAGAGACAAAAAUAGCAAUUUCAGCAGUUAGUCCUCUAGUUCUGCUGUAGACAGGGGCGGAGCCAGAAAUUUAUAGGGAGAGGGGCAAAUUUAUCUAUGAAGAAAUAUUAAGAAUUUGAGGAGGGGCAUUUUAGUGAGAGAUUGCAAGAAAUAAAAUUUAUAUUGUAUAAUAUAUAUAUAUAUAUAUAUAUGUGUGUGUGUGUGUGUGUGUGUGUGUGUAGAACAAUAUGAGGAGGGGCAAAUGCCCCACCAUCCCAUAAGGUAGAUCCGCCACUGGCUGUAGAUAGUAGUACACUUGCCUAUAUACCAGGACCAUGAAUGUAUAGUUUUUUUUUUCUUGUAAAAUUGUUGUAUCAUAUUAAUCAUGAAAAUUUCAAAAAAAGAAAGUUCAGCCUUUCCCUAUUUCUAUUACGAAUUUUCUAUGCUA